AUGUUCGAUAUGGUCAAGUUGUACAAUCUCACAACAUUCGACAUCAUGGCCGAGUUGGCCUUCGGCGAACCACUUGGGCUUUUAGCUAGCUCGAGCUAUUCGGAAUGGGUCGGUAACAUCUUUGGAAAUCUCAAGGCCAACGCGAUUGCCCAGAUUGGCCGUGAAUGGCCAUGGCUCGGUAAUUUGGUGCAAAUGGUUACACCUCACCACCUCAAGAAAGCCUCGGAGCUGCACUUCGCACACGCUAUUGAACGUGUGGAUCGCCGCAUCAAAACAACAAAGGAGGAUGCAGACAUUUGGAACUUGGUUCUGAGCCAACCUGGCAGCAGACAGAUCACCAAAGGCGACAUGUAUACAAACUCGUCUUUGUUCAUGGUGGCGGGAUCCGAGACUACAGCAACCAUCCUAAGCGGCGUCACAUAUUUACUUCUCAAGAAUCCGGACAAGCUUGCUCGUCUAGUUACAGAGAUUCGGCAGGUUGAGUCAGAGAAAGAGUUGACGAUUCAGAGGCUUUCCAAAAUGACCUAUCUGACAGCCGUACUUAAUGAGGCACUCAGGUGGUAUCCACCUGUACCAGUCGGGGUUUGGCGGGAGGUUCCCGAAGGCGGUGGCACCGUUGCUGGACAUUGGGUCCCGGCCAGGACUCGUGUGUCUGUGCCUCAAUUUGCCGCCAAUCACUCCUCGCGUAAUUUCCAAGACCCUGGGGCUUUCGUUCCAGAGAGAUGGCUGCCUGGACCAGAGUUUGAGCCAAACGCCAAAGAUGUCGUGCAGCCCUUUUCCCUUGGGCCCCGGAACUGCAUCGGAAUGAAGUAA